UAUACGGUGGCGACAAACUAAUACAUUUUCAAUAUCGUUGCCAUUUUUUAUGACUGAAAACUUCUCUUGUUUGUGGAUAUUUUUUUCCUGGAAUUAAUUUCUGUGUUACGGUGAUCUGUCGAUUGAAAUGGUGAAUAAGAAUUUGAUUUGCGGAUGCUAAUUAUAUUUUCAAUUAGGAAAUUUAUUGUUUUUACAGUGUACAGAAUACUACACAAAAUACUUAUGCCUUUAAACUUGACGACUAGGACUAAUUUUCAUUAAAAGUAACAUUUAAGAGUGUAAAGUUACUUUUCAAAAGCUGUUUUUCUGAAAAUUACUAAUGCUGUAGAUGCAACAGAAGACCGAGUUUUAUCAAAAAUGUUCAUUCGAGAAAAUAUGCAGUAAAUGGCACAUUUAUUACUUGAAAUCUGAAGAGCUUGAUUUUAGUUGAAGUACAUUUAUAAAGGUUUGAUUAUGUAAAGCACAUGUACAUGUAUGUAAAAAUGAAAAGUUAUACGCAAUGGAGCACAAUUAUUAUUUCAAGAUAUAUUUUCUCUGCGUUAAUUCUUUCAUAGUGCUUAGAAAAAGGCCAUCUAUAAUUUGCACAUGAAAAAAUUUAGAAAAACUGAGGUACGUCUUAUGUGAGUAUAUAAUUUCAGAAUUUACUUUGUAUUUUUCUUUUAGCUAAGCAAUGUAAUUCAGUAGAAAGAUAAACUUGUUCAGUAAUGCGCGUUUUCAUGUGCACCUCUGCUUCACUAUAUUUACAAAAUCAAAUAAAAACUUAGGAUACGUUUAUUCAAAUCUUCAGAAUAAGAGUGAAUUCCACAGUUAUUUUCACGCUGAAUGACCGAAUUUCUUCCGGAAUUACUUUAAAAAUACAAGCAAUAUGAAUUUUUACAUCUUUCGCAAAAGAUUUCUUAUUUCAUUCUUAUUCAUAAUUAGGAAUUCCUCAAUGACUAAAUUUAAUAUUUGUGUAGGAUUAUUAAUUUUAUUGCUGAUUGUUUCUUCAUCACUAAACUUUGACUCCAUUGAGUUUAUAAAAAUGAGUUACUCUUAGGUGUUUUGCUUAAUAUCAGAAUAAAAAUUAUGGACUUGCAUGUUACCUUUAUAUUAGUUUCAGAGAAAUGUUCUUUUAUUCCUAUCUUAUCAUUACUAUUAUAACCUCUUCUCUCGGUGUGUUCCAUAUAUCUGGAAGUUCAAUAAACAGUAAUGUAGCCGCAGUAUCAGAAAUGUUUCGCAAUAUGACAUUAAGCUCUUUCCCUUCGUCAGAAGAAAUACCAAACAUACCAUCUACAGAGGAUGAAAAUUCAACUUUCUGUGCUGAAUUAAGUUCUGCAUCAAAUAUGAGGGUUUCUGAUGUAUUUUACCAGCAGCAAUCUGGAGUUUGGACCACUAGUCGUCCUAUUCAAAUGUCAGAGAUGAGGAACGAAACUUGUGUCGUGUUUAAACAUGCUCCUGUACUCACCAGUGGAGCCAUGUUCAGAGUUGUUAUCCUUUCUAGCAUCAGCUUAGUAUCAUUGGUGGGAAAUGUAGCUGUUCUCAUCACUAUAGGAUGCAACCAGAAGCAGAGACAAUCUACAAUAUAUCUAUUGAUUGGAAUUUUGGCUAUGGCAGAUCUCUUUGUUACCACGUUUUGUGUGAUUCCUGAUGCUAUCUGGACAUAUACUGUGCAGUGGUUGGCUGAUGACAUAACAUGCAAAACGUUAAAAUUUUUACAAAUGUUUUCUUUGUAUUUCUCCACAUUCAUAUUGGUUGUGAUAGGAUACGAUCGUUUUUGUGCAGUUAGAUUUCCAAUUCAGCGUUUGAAUUCGAAAAAGAGAGCUCGCCGCAUGCUGUUUAUCAUUGGAAUACUCAGUGCUGUUUUCAGCAGUCCACAGGCUUUUAUCUUCCGAGUGGUAAAGGGUCCUUUCAUUGAAGAAUUUUAUCAGUGCGUAACAUAUGGAUUCUACACUGAAGAGUGGCAAGAGCAACUCUACACUAUGGCUAGUUUGGUUCUCAUGUUCUUGUUACCGCUGUUCAUUCUCACAUUUACAUACGUUUGCACAUUUUAUACUAUUGCAAAAAAAGAACAUUCCUUCUCAGAUCGCAACACGGUCAUGGAUACCGCACGUCGUAAUCUGCUGAGGAAAGCAAAAAUGAAAGCUUUGAUGAUUACGGUAGUUAUUAUGGUAGUUUUCAUCAUUUGUUGGGCACCCUACUACAGCACGAUGAUAAUUUUCAUCUUCCUGAAACCUGACGAACAAUUAAGCCAGGACUUGCAGUCCGCUGUUUUCUUCUUCGGGAGUUCAACUGCUAUGAUCAAUCCAUUAAUUUAUGGUGCUUUUCAUUUAGUAAAGAGACCUGGCAAGAAGAAGUUGCCCACCAACAGCAGUGCCUCUUCAAAGGCUGAGAACACCGUUAUGUUGGUCGCCUAUCGAAGAAGCAGAGGAGUUGCCAACAAAGUACGUCAUGUGCUUCCUUCUUACCACACUGAUACAGCUCUUGAUGAAAAUCUGAAGAUGGUACAAAAAAACAGACGUUUUUCCAAGAGUCUGUACUCUUUGCCUUCUUGGGUGGGGCAUUGCGAAAAAAAUCAAGAACAUAGUUUGUGAACUAUAAUUCAAAACAAAUAUCCUGUUAACAUAACUUAAAUUUAUUACCAUUUCGUACACACAAAAAUUAUGAAAUUUACGAGAGUAAGUUUUUGAAGUAAUAUGAUUGAACUUCGAUAAGCAAAAAUUGAAUGGUGCAGAAAAAAGUCCGAGUUAACGAGACUUUGGCAAACUUCUCCUAAAAACAUCUAUUGUACAGUAACAUGUUUAUCAUAUUAUGUAACUGUGCACAGAAUUUAUUAAUCAUGAAAAUUACU